AUGUCGGAUAGCGAAACACGACUUGCUGCAAUUGCUGCCAUUCCUUCACAAAAGGAUAAAACUACUGAAUACCGUUCUCUAUUAGAAUCAAUUCUCUCUACAAAAGACGAUACAAUUUUAGCAACUGAUCUGGAAAAAUUUGUUGACCAUAUAGUACAAGAACAAGUCGGUCUGGUCAUUACUCGACAAAUUCUUACCGAGUUCGUACAGGGCAUAGAUAAAAUUGAAAAUUCUACCAUCAAAAAACGUGUUUUAAACUUUGCAUUGAAUAAGGUCCAACCAAGAAUUGUCAGUUUUGAAGAACAGAUUUCAACGAUCCGCGAAAAAUUGGCCGAAAUCCUUGAGGCUGAAGAAGAAUGGCUCGAAGCUGCUAGAGUGUUGCAAGGAAUUCCAUUGGAUUCAGGACACCGAGCUAUCUCGGAUGAAUAUAAGCUCAAGAUUUAUAUUAAAAUUAUUCAACUUCUUUUGGAAGAAGAUGAAGCAGUAACAACAGAAACGUAUUUAAGUCGCGCCGCGUUAUUAAUUCCUGGUUGUAAAGAUCAAGUCAUUAACUUAACAUUCAAAUUAUCACAAGCUAAGAUCUUUGAUUUCAAAAGAAAGUUCCUUGAAGCUAGUUCGAAAUAUCAUGAGUUGAGUUAUGUACCUGAGUUAGCAACAGAAGAUCGAACAAACUGUCUUAAUGCUGCUAUUACUUGUGCAGUCCUUGCUGGCGCUGGCCCUCAGCGUUCGCGAAUGUUGGCCACACUAUAUAAGGAUGAACGAGUACAACGUCUACCGCAUUUUUCUAUUCUUGAAAAAAUGUAUCUUGAUCGUGUUUUGCGACCAAACGAAGUUAAAGGGUUUGCAGAGACCCUUAAAGAACAUCAACGUGCACGACUCGCUGAUGGCACAACCGUUCUCGAUCGUGCUGUAAUUGAACACAACCUUUUAUCAGCUUCCAUGAUUUAUAACAACAUUACAUUUGAAGAACUUGGUUCCUUACUUGCCAUUACUCCUGAUCAGGCUGAACAAAUUGCAAGUUCAAUGAUUGAACAGGGACGAAUGCAAGGAACAAUCGAUCAAAUUGAAAGAUUAAUAUUCUUUGAAAGUAAUUCAGCUGGAAAGGCAGUUGGUGGUAUGCUUGGUGCAAAAUGGGAUAUGGCAAUCCAAAAUGUUUGUCAUCAUGUAGAAGAAGUUGUAAUUGCAAUCGGAAGUAAAUAUCCGGAGCUUACACAAAGUUUGUAG